UGGGGAGCUUCAGGAAUGCCCUGAACUUCAGGCUGCUGCGGUUGUGAAUCGAUCGCAGGUCAGAAGAAAGUACCUUUGUGGAUAUUUCCCGGUCGAGUAACAAUAUGCACUUAUCAAUUACGCUUUUUUUCUUCGACUUUUUCAUUUCAAAAUGUUAACAGACAUACUGAACACUGACACACACUCAACCGCAAGUUUUCCAGGUAUCUGGACACAAUAGCAAGCAAACUCAACCCUUUUACAAAUGGAAGCAAAACGGUUGAAAAAAAACCUUGAAGCUUUAAUUGGAACUUAUAUUGGACAGAAACUCAGAGAAAAUGGAUUUGAUCCCAAAGGAAAGCGGUCUCAAACGCUCCUAGAUGAUUUGGUACAUUAUGACUUAGCCAUCAACGUGGCUCUUUGGUGGCUGAAUAAGUACAAGGGGAAAGAUCUCACUGAGAGUGACAUCACAGGAAUUAGCGGCUCUGAUGACACCCAGUACCCAAACCAUAUGGAGCGGGAGGCCAUGAUCCUGUCCUCCUUUGCUGGGAUAAUCCUGAACAGUCUGCCUGUGGAGGAAAUACUGUCUCUGUACAAGUACAAGCCCUCCUUUGCUUACCAGGAGCAAAACACCAAGAAUACAAUUGUUCACCCCUUCUCACUGUCCUACCACCCAUUUGCUAUGCUGACUGCUUACAAGACUGUACAUCACUCCUGGAUGCACAGCCAGAAACGGAGGCUGUGCAGGUCUUCCCACUGCAGUGUGCGCUCUCCCACAGAGCAAGAUACAUUGGCCGACACUGUAGCCCCAGCUCUUCAAAGCCCAGAGUCUGAUGAUCCAGAACACCACAAAGCUUUACAGGAAUUUCUAAAGGAGUAA